AUGGACAUAUUCCUCAUUACUGGCAACCAAAACAAAAGACGGGAGUUCCAAAAAUUAAUGGAUAAUGAGCUGGACGUUCACUUCAUUGACAUUGACUUGAUGGAACCCCAAUCGGACGACAUCGUGAGCAUAAACGAAUUCAAAGCAAAGAGGGCACAUGAAAUUCUGAGAAAUCAGAGUGGACCAGAUGAAAAAUUGAAAAGGAAAUUAGUUAUUACUGAUGACACGGGGCUAUACAUGGAUUGUCUGAAUUCCUUCCCUGGACCCUACAUCAAAUGGAUGAUGAAAAAUGUUGGAUCCAAAGGAAUAGUGGACAUUGCUUCGAAACUUCAGAACGACAAAUGUCACGCCAUUUGUGUUUAUUCUGUGUACGAUGGAAAGCAAAUAUAUUCCUUUAAAGGUGUAACUCAGGGAAGGAUUAUGGGACCCUGUGGAUCAAAUGAUUUUGGUUGGGAUAACAUUUUUUCCCCAGAGAAUUCAAAUAAAACAUUUAGUGAAAUGUCAUUUGACGAGAAGAAGAAUUUCUCCCCUCGAUUCAAAGCAUUCGUGCAGUUAAAGGCAUUCCUACUGCAGGAAUUGAAGAAGCAGAAAAUAUGA